UUCUUGGUUUGUCACUCAGGUUGGAGGACCCUCCCACACUGUAUAUAUUCUCCUCUGAGGAUGCAGUGAGGCCCUGCAGCACUCUCACUUCAUCUUAGCUCGAGUUGACUGACUACGUCUGCAAAGAUGACUGGUAUGAUCAUCAAGAACAUGUCCUUCAAGGUCGGGCAGACCCUGACCAUUGUUGGAGUACCCCAGCCUGACGCUACAAAUUUUGCAGUGAAUAUUGGCCCUAACGAGAAGGAUAUUACUAUGCAUAUCAACCCUCGUUUUAAUGCCCACGGGGACGAGAAUGCGGUGGUUUGCAACUCCUACCAGGACGGCAACUGGUGUGAGGAGCAUCGGGAGGGAGGCUUUCCUUUCAGCCUGGGAGAGGAGUUCAAGAUCCUCAUUGAAUUCACCCCGACAGAGUUCGUGGUGAGUUUAUCGGAUGGCUCCACAAUCCACUUCCCCAACCGUGUAGGUGCAACAAAAUACUCCUUCAUCAGCUUUGAUGGGGAAGUUCGCAUCACAAGCUUUGAGAUCAAGUAAACCUCCAUGCUGCCAGGAGCUUUUUUCUUUAAAUGCAGAUUCAAUUGUUCAAUUUGUCCAGCAAAAGGUCAUAUUUUACCCCAGCUUUUUAGUUUGUGAAUACCAUGAGGUAUCAGCAGUGCCUUUCGUGUUUCUUACACAGUGUAUAAUGCAAGAAUUUGUUUUGACAUGUGCUCAUGCAAGCAAACACAGAAACAUUUAAGGAUACAUAAGAUAGACUCAUACAAAGUGAUAAUAUUCAGAUGUACACACACAUACAGAAUACAUUGCAACUGCAUACUGUAACCUUCGUGCAUUUUGCAGUGUUAAGUUGAAAAUCGUUACCAAUGUCUGAACUCAUUGUCCUGCAAGGUGCCUUGAGAUGCUGCAUGUUCUCGUUUUCCCUCCCAGACAUUCCAGAUUUAUACCAAAGUGUAAUGCUUGCCUCUACAACAUGAAUAAAGCAUAUCCUUCAUAAA